GCGGCUACGGCGCAUGGCGGGCACGGCGCUCCAGCGGCUGAUGGCCGAGUACAAGCAGUUAACCCUGAAUCCACCAGAAGGAAUAGUAGCAGGGCCUAUGAAUGAAGAAAACUUCUUUGAAUGGGAAGCCUUGAUCAUGGGCCCAGAGGAUACCUGUUUUGGUGGUGUUUUCCCAGCUAUCCUGAGCUUCCCUCUUGAUUGUCCUCUAAGUCCUCCGAAGAUGAGGUUCACAUGUGAGAUGUUUCAUCCAAACAUUUACCCAGAUGGGCGAGUUUGCAUUUCCAUUCUGCGUGCUCCAGGGGAUGAUCCCAUGGGGUACGAGAGCAGCACUGAGCGGUGGAGCCCAGUGCAGAGUGUGGAGAAGAUCCUCUUGUCAGUGGUUAGCAUGUUAGCAGAACCAAAUGAUGAAAGUGGAGCCAAUGUUGAUGCCUCCAAAAUGUGGCGGGAGGACAGAGAACAGUUUAACAGAAUUGCCAAGCAGAUUGUGCAGAAGUCCCUUGGGCUUUAAAAACAAAAAAGAAAAGAAUGAAACUGCAGUGUUUUGUAUUUCUCUCCAGCUGACAGAGAGCAGUGCUUAGUGCUGAUACCA